AUGACAGAACCAAAAAAGGAUAUUUUGGAAUUUGAAAAGUUCGAUGAAGGACUUCAUUUACAAUCUACACAAACAGAUUCUUCCGUUGACAAGUCAUUCGCACAAUCAAUAGUCGACUCGUUCAGACGAGCACCACCAAAUACAUCAUACAAGAAGGCAAUAUCAAAAAAUGAACUACGUAUAAUGUCCCUUUCCACAGGGUUAGGAACUGGGCUUUUGGUUGCUGCAGGUCAAAAGUUGAAAAAUUCUGGUCCUGCUGGUUUACUUAUUGCAUAUGCUGUGGUUGGGUUGGGUAUGCUUGUACCCACGGUCAGAUCACUUAGUGAAUUAUCGGUUGCCUAUAGUGGGUUACCAGGUGGUUUUCAAUCAUAUUUUGCCAAGUUUAUUGAUGAAAGUUUGGCGUUUGCAUUAGGGUGGAAUUACGCCAUUCAGUGGAUGUGUGUCAUUUCCUUGGAGUUGGUGGUUGCUACCAUGACGAUAAAUUUUUGGAAUAAAACGAUUAAUCCGGAUAUAUUUGUGAUGGUAUUUUUGCUUUUUGUGAUAUUUAUUAACCUUUGUGGGGCAAAAGGGUAUGCAUAUUCUGAAAUGAUUAUGAAUUCGACCAAGAUUUUCAUGUUGACUGGGUUUUGUAUAUUUGGAUUGGUUAUGGUUCUUGGAGGUGGUCCUGAAGGAUGGGUUGGUGGAAGAUAUUACCAUGACCCGGGAGCAUUUACAAGUUUUAAAGGUAUUGCUGGAGUAUUUGUCACGGGGGCAUUUUCUCUUGGGGGUUCAGAGUUUAUUUCCUUAUCUGCGGCUGAAACCAAACAUCCCCGUAGAUCACUUAGAGCUGCAUCGAAGUUGGUUUAUGUCAAGGUUAUUGUCUUGUUUUUGGGAUCAUUAACUUUUAUUGGAUUGUUGGUUCCUUACAAUCAUCCAAGACUUACUGGUUCAGGAUCAUCAUCUUCUACUUCUCCAUACGUACUUGCCACUUUAAUCCAUGGGGUUCCUCAUUUAAGUCAUGUUAUAAAUUCGGUGAUUUUAAUUUCGGUUACGUCAGUUUCUAUUGCUGCCAUGUAUAGCUCGCAAAGAUUGGUUCAAUCAUUAGCUCACCAAGGACUUGGACCUAAAUGGUUGGAUUACGUUGAUAGAAAAGGUAGACCAGCCAGGGCCUUUUUGGUUUGUAUUAUUGCUUCCUUUUUUUCUUUUAUAGCUGCAUAUGAUCAACAGGAAGCGGUAUUUACUUGGUUAUUGUCAAUUUCAGCCUUGAGUUUUAUCUUUGUUUGGAUGUUUAUUUGUGUGUGUCACAUUAGAUUCCGGGCUGCUUUGAAAUACCGAGGAAUUAAGGUGAGCAGUUUAGCAUAUGUUUCUCCAACUGGACUUUGGGGAUCAUAUCUUUCCAUUGCAAUUAAUAUUUUUAUGUUGGGAUGUCAAUUUUGGGUUGCAUUAUGGCCAAUUGGAGGGGACGGUAAGCCUGAUGUUAUGUCAUUUUUCCAAAAUUACUUGGCAGUUCCAUGUUUUAUUGUGUUUUAUUUGGGGCAUAAAAUUUACACUGGUAAUUGGAAACUCUUUAAACGUGUUGAUGAAAUUGAUAUUGACACCGAUCGAGUAAUCUACGAUCGAGAAAUUUUAGACUUGGAAAAUACUGAAGAUAAAGAAAAGUAUGACCAAGCUCCAUUUUGGAAAAAGAUUUUGAUUAAAUGUUUUGAUUAG